AUGAAGCGGCAAGUACCGUUGUUUCUCUCGGUCCUCUUCUUCAGCGCAGUGCUCGGACAGGUCAGCUACUCCAUUCCAGAGGAGAUGCCGAAAGGCUCUUUCGUCGGCAACAUAGCUCAGGAUUUAGGUUUAGAUGUCAAAAGACUACAUUCCGGAAAGGCUCGUGUUUUUACAAGAGACAGCACCGCGUACGUCGAGCUGAACAGAGAAAGAGGAAGACUGCUGAUUAAAGAGAGAAUAGACAGAGAGGCGAUCUGUGGACAAACGACGCCCUGCGCACUGCACUUUCAGAUUCUAUUGGAAAAUCCAAUUGAAUUCUUCAGUAUAACAGUUGAGAUCAAAGAUAUAAACGAUAACCCCCCGACUUUUAUUACAAACGAGGUUCAAUUUAAUAUUAGCGAGUCUGCGCAUAUUGGCACUACAUUUAAUUUAGACAGGGUGACUGAUGCUGAUGUCGGCGAAAAUGGUUUAAAAACGUAUGUCUUGAAACCAACAGAUAUAUUUUCUCUUAAAAUGAACAAUCAAGGUGACGGUAGUAAAAACGUUGAAAUGGUUUUGAAUGCACCGCUGGACAGAGAGAAAAACGAACACCUUUCUCUAGUUCUGACGGCGGUGGAUGGUGGCGAGCCGCAGAUGUCAGGGACAAUGCAGAUUCACAUCACGGUGUUAGACGCUAAUGACAAUGCGCCUGUUUUCACACAGUCUGUUUACAAAGCCUCUAUACAUGAAAAUGCAGCAGUAGGAACAAUGGUAGUGAAAGUAACAGCAACCGACGCUGAUCAUGGAUCGAAUGGUAAAAUAACAUAUUCAAUUUCAGGUAUACUAGAUUAUGCCCGUGGGAUGUUUGAAAUAAAUAAGGCUACAGGCGAGGUCACCUUGAUUGGAAAAGUGGACUUUGAAAAGUCGAGAAGUUUCCAAGUUAAUAUUCACGCUAGUGAUGAUGGUGGACUAACUGGUUCCUGCAAACUGAUAGUCGAUGUAUUAGAUAUGAACGACAACAGCCCUGAUAUUCAUAUUAUGUCAAAAUCAAAUGUGAUAUCAGAAGACGCAGAACCUAACACUGUCGUUACGGUGAUAAACGUAGAAGAUGAAGACUCUGCUGAAAAUGGAAAAGUUCAUUGCUUCAUUAAUGAUAACAACAACUUCAUGUUAAAGUCAACAUCAGAUAAGUUUUAUAGCUUAGUGACGGACAGUGAAUUAGACCGAGAGAGAUCCUCUGAGUUUAAUAUAACAGUGAUCUGCUCUGAUGAGGGCGUGCCCUCCCUCUCCAGUAGCGUCACUCUCCCCUUACAGAUCUCUGACGUGAAUGACAACGCACCUGUCUUUGAGAGGAGCACCUAUGAGGCCUACAUUGUAGAAAACAACACACCAGGUCUCUCUGUAUUCACAGUGAAAGCCAGAGAUGCUGACUGGAACCAGAAUGCCCGUGUUUCUUACAUACUGGAGGACUCCUCUGUUAACGGAGUGCCAGUCUCCUCAUAUGUGUCCGUUAGUGCUGACAGUGGAGUCAUCCAUGCAGUGCGCUCUUUUGACUACGAGCAGAUCAAAGAUUUUCACUUCCGGGUCAAAGCUCAGGAUGGAGGCUCUCCUCCACUCAGUAGCAACGUGACUGUGAAAAUAGUGAUCCAGGACCAGAACGACAACCCCCCUCAGGUUCUGUACCCAGUCCAGACUGGUGGCUCUCUGGUGGCUGAACUGGUGCCUCGUUCAGCAGAUGUGGGCUAUCUGGUCACUAAAGUGGUGGCUGUGGAUGUGGACUCUGGACAGAAUGCCUGGCUCUCCUAUAAACUGCAGAAAACCACAGACAGGGCGCUGUUUGAAGUGGGCUCACAGAAUGGAGAAAUAAGGACGAUCCGCCAAGUCACUGAUAAAGACGCAGUGAAACAAAGACUGAGUGUUAUAGUGGAGGACAACGGGCAGCCCUCUCGUUCAGCAACAGUCGUUGUUAACGUGGCGGUGGCUGACAGCUUCCCGGAAGUGCUGUCGGAGUUCACUGACUUUACGCACGACAAGGAGUACAACGACAACCUGACUUUUUACUUAGUGUUGGCUCUGGCUGUAGUUUCCUUCCUCUUCAUCACGUGUGUAGUGGUUAUUAUCUCAGUGAAAAUCUACAGAUGGAGACAGUCUCGCGUGCUGUAUCACUCCAACCUCCCUGUGAUUCCAUAUUAUCCACCACGUUACUCAGACACUUUGGGGACAGGGACUCUCCAACACGUGUACAAUUACGAGGUGUGCAGGACGACUGACUCCAGAAAGAGUGACUGUAAGUUCAGCGGAGCUGGUAGUCAGAACGUGCUGAUAAUGGACCCCAGUGCUACAGGGACGAUGCAGCGGAUACAGAGUGAAAAGAGCAUCUUGGACGAACCAGAUUCUCCUAUAGAGGUUUGA